AUGUUGUCGAUAUUACGGAAAGCGCGCUUGAAGGACAAGGAGAUGCGCAUACUGAUGCUGGGCUUGGACAACGCUGGAAAGACGACUAUCGUAAAGAAGAUCAUGAACGAAGACGUCAACAGCGUCAGCCCGACGCUAGGCUUCAUCAUCAAGACGAUAGACUACGAUGGAUACAAACUGAACAUAUGGGACGUCGGCGGCCAGAAGACGCUGCGCACGUACUGGAAGAACUACUUUGAGAAGACUGAUACGCUCAUCUGGGUGGUCGAUGCCACCGACCGCGAGCGGGUAGGCGAUUGUCGGCAUGAGCUGGCCGGACUGUUGCUCGAGGAACGACUAUCGGGCGCAAGCCUGCUAAUAUUUAAGAACAAGAGCGAUGUUCCCGGGGCCAUGAGCGAGGACGAGGUGCGCGAGGGACUCGGGCUCGACGCCAUCAAGACACACAAAUGGACCAUCAUGAGCUGCAGUGCCAUGACCGGGCAGAAUCUGCAGGAGGGGCUGCAGUGGGUGGUACAAGACGCGAAGGCACGACUGUUUUUGUACUGAUCUGUACCAGUGGCGACGCUGCUUGGGUGCAAGGGGCAUACCAAGGCCCUGGAGGUAGUCGUACGCUAAAUCUGGGUAGCGGGUGGUCAGACAUGAACGGCUGAAUUGCUUCAAGUGUGGAGCACAACAAACAAUUAAGUGCAAGCUGCUGCGCAACCAGAGUCCAUUUCUCAGCAUUAACCUCUGUGCCCCUCGUGCUCAACGCUGCCCGCCGCCGCUACGAGCAGAUCAAGGUUUCAGCGCGUCGAAACACAUCCGGGGUGACAGGACGCUCAGGCCAAGGAUGCACUGAGCACUCGAAGCAAUUUAACGACUGUCU